AUGCCGGUUGGGGGUAGCACAUCAGCAGUCACUGGUGGCGUCCUGUUUUCGGUGGUCCGUAUCGCAGUUCAUCCUGGGUACGAUCAUAGUUAUUUCCCUGAUGCGUCUGAGUACGAUGUGGCUGUCUUAACUGUAGCAAAUAAUGCCUUCAGUGGAAAGCCAAACAUGGCUUCGUUAAUACUGCAAACUUCUGAACAGCCGAUUGGUACUAGAUGCUUUGUGGCUGGAUGGGGCCGCACAGGUAAUAAUGAACCAGCGUCUUUAAAUCAAUUGCGUUAUGCCGAAAUGACCAUUGUGGAUCAGAGCACUUGUGCAAGAGCUUGGGCAACAUACCCAAGACAGCGUGUUACAUCCAAUAUGAUCUGUGCCAAGUACGGAAAUGGCGUGGACACGUGCAAGGGUGACAGCGGUGGUGCAUUGGUGUGCGGAGGUGGAUUGGCUGGAGUUGUGUCGUUUACUAAUCUUGAAUGUACUAGCGCAUGGCCAGCAGGAUUUUCAAAAAUUUCUGCACCAAGUAUUCGUAGGUUUAUUAGUACCGAGGCUGGCAUUUAGAGAAUGGGUAUAUAUUUUCUUUAUUUGUUUAAUGAAAUUAUACGUAUGUCACCAGUAAUAAACGGACAAGUAGUGUUUUGAUGGAUAUGACGGAA